UGGAUUCGGUGGUCGUGGCGGCUUCGGCGGUGGCCGUGGUGGCUUUGGCGGAUUCGGAGGCCGCGGUGGCUACGGUGGUGGCUACGGUGGUCCUGGUGGUGCUGGUGCUGGUGCUGGUGGCCCUGGCUUUGAGGGUGUCCCCUCAGUGCCCCCCAACCCGUUCACGGAUUUCGCAACCUCCGGGGGCGAGAAGGGCCCGGUUAUCUAUGUCCGCAACCUGCCCUGGUCUACCUGCAAUGAAGAUCUGGUCGACCUGUUCUCGACUAUUGGAAAGGUAGACCGUGCGGAGAUUCAGUACGAGCCCAAUGGUCGCUCUCGCGGCACGGGUGUGGUCCAGUUUGACAACGCAGAGACAGCAGAAACUGCAAUUGCCAAGUUCACCGGUUAUCAAUACGGUGGCCGUCCACUCGGCAUCACUUUUGUCAAGUACAUGAAUGCGGGCGCUGGCCCCGGAGACGCCAUGGAGGGUGCCGAGCCACUGGUGGUAUCACGCAGGACCAGAUCAUGUAAUAGUAUCGUAUUCUGUCCUCCUUUCGACGGACCGAUGAGGUCGAAAAGUUUGCGAUGUGAUUACACCCCCGGUCAAAUGACUCCAUGA